AUGUCAAACUGCAAAUUAUUUCACACAUCAAAACGAACUUGUCAUUCCGAAAUAGAAAUUGGAAAUUUAUUUGAACGUCAUAAGAAAUCAUUAAUUGAUCAUAAACAGAACAUGAUAAAUGAAAUUAAUGAAUGGAGAGAAAAUCUUAUUUGUCAAAUUCAAAAACAUAUUGAUAAACAAAAAUUUUUAGUCGAACAAGAAUUUAAAAUACAAUCGAAUUAUCUUCAGAUUAAACAUCAAGAAUUCCUUGAUACAGCAUUGAUUUAUGAAGAAAGAAAAAAUAGAGAAGAAGUACGUCAAUUACUUGAACAAUGUCAUGCUUUAAGAUUUGAAUUAAGUGCAUUUGAUUAUUCUGAACAGUAUAUUCCAUUUAUUCAAAUAAAGAAAGAACAACAAUUAAUUGAAAUCAAACCUAAUUCAUUUAAUACACAUAAUUAUGAAAAACAAUCGACAAGAGGGCAUUCAUAA